CCGCACACCGAACAGAAGAAAAUCUUAACACAAAUCGAUUCACCACUCACAAGUGUCUCUGUGUUGAAGACAACACAGUUCCUCUUUCAACCGUGGAAGCGAAGGCAAAAAUACCUACUGAAGAUAUUUGCAUCAUCCCUUUCGCUUCACUCUCACUGAUCCAAUCUUUCUCUAUAAAGAGAAGUAAAACACUAGCAGAUUCAGAUCAACCACACCUUUUCUUUAACACCUUGUACAUUCCACUUUACCUUUUCUUUCGAUCAAGCAUAAUCAUAAGAUUGAAUGUUGUGAAGAAUGGGUUCAUUGAAGGCCUUGUGCAAUGUUUCUCUGCUCCAAUUGUUCAUAGUGCUUUGCCUUGUCUUCCAAUGCUUUGCUACUAGAAGACAUGCUGAUCUGAGAACAACUCUAGUAGUAGAUGCUUCUGAUGCAACUGGAAGACCAAUACCAGAGACACUUUUUGGCAUAUUCUUUGAGGAGAUCAAUCAUGCAGGAGCUGGGGGAUUAUGGGCUGAGCUUGUCAGUAACAGAGGAUUUGAAGCUGGGGGACCUAACACUCCUUCUAAUAUUGAUCCUUGGACAAUCAUUGGAAAUGAAUCAUCAAUAAUCGUUGAAACUGACCGUACCUCGUGCUUUGACCGUAACAAGGUUGCACUUCGAUUGGAGGUGUUAUGUGACAGUGAAGGUGACAACAUCUGCCCAAAUGAAGGUGUUGGUGUUUAUAACCCUGGUUUCUGGGGCAUGAAUAUUGAGCAGGGGAAGAAAUACAAAGUGAUCUUUUAUGUUCGUUCAACCGAAUCACUUAAUCUAACAGUUUCUUUGAUUGGAACAAAUGGUGUAGGGAACCUGGCUUCAUCUACAAUCACGGGUACUGCUGCUGAUUUUUCAAGCUGGACAAAGGUGGAGACUUUAUUGGUUGCCAAAGCAACAGAUCAUAACUCAAGACUCCAAUUAACGACGAACACCAAAGGUGUGAUAUGGUUGGACCAAGUGUCUGCUAUGCCACAGGACACAUAUAAGGGACAUGGUUUCCGAACUGAACUUUUUGAAAUGCUUUCAGCUUUGAAACCCAAAUUUAUCAGAUUUCCAGGUGGCUGUUUCGUUGAAGGAGAAUGGUUAAGAAAUGCAUUUCGAUGGAAGGCAACUGUUGGACCAUGGGAGGAAAGACCUGGGCACUUUGGUGAUGUUUGGAUGUACUGGACUGAUGAUGGACUUGGUUAUUUUGAGUUUCUACAACUUGCAGAGGACUUGGGUGCUAUACCGAUAUGGGUAUUUAACAAUGGUGUCAGCCAUAAUGAUGAAGUUGAUACAUCUGCGGUUUUACCUCUUGUGCAAGAAGCCCUUGAUGGAAUUGAGUUCGCAAGAGGUGAUCCCACUUCAAAAUGGGGUUCCCUUAGAGCUGCUAUGGGACAUCCUGAGCCAUUUGACCUUAGAUAUGUUGCUGUUGGGAAUGAAGAUUGUGGAAAACCGAAAUAUCGAGGAAACUACCUGAAAUUCUAUCAUGCAAUAAGAACUGCUUAUCCAGAUAUCCAAAUUAUCUCAAAUUGUGAUGGUUCUUCUCGGGCUUUAGAUCAUCCAGCUGAUAUGUAUGAUUAUCAUGUUUAUACAAAUGCGAAUGACAUGUUUUCUAGAGCUAACACAUUUGACCGCACAUCACGAAAUGGUCCAAAGGCAUUUGUAAGUGAGUAUGCUGUGACUGGAAAAGAUGCUGGAACUGGAAGCCUUCUUGCAGCCCUAGCUGAAGCCGGGUUCCUUAUUGGACUCGAAAAGAACAGUGAUGUUAUUGAAAUGGUCAGCUAUGCUCCACUUUUUGUUAAUGCCAAUGACAGGAGGUGGAACCCAGAUGCAAUUGUGUUCAACUCUUAUCAGGUCUAUGGAACUCCUAGCUAUUGGGUGCAAUUAUUUUUCUCAGAGUCAAGUGGAGCAACACUUCUAAGUUCAUCACUUCAAUCGAAUUCCUCCUCCAAUUCAGUCCUUGCAUCAGCAAUAACAUUUCAAAGUUCUGUAGAUAACAAAAAUUAUAUACGAAUAAAGGUUGUGAACUUUGGCACGAGCGCAGUGAACCUGAAGAUCUCUAUUGAUGGACUAGAACCAAAUUCAUUGCAGUUAUCUGGAUCAACAAAGACUGUGCUUACUUCUGGAAAUGUAAUGGAUGAAAACUCCUUCUCACAGCCAAAGAAGGUGGUGCCAAUUAAGAGUGGACUUCAGAAUGUUGGGAAGGACUUGAAUGUGACAGUUCCUCCACGUUCAUUCACAUCAUUUGAUUUGCUGAAAGAAUCGAGUGAUCUGAAGAGGAAGGGGAGUGGUUCUUCUACGUGGUCUUCUAUGUAAUUCAAUGAAAAAUUUGACCAAAAUGCAGAAGAAAAAGUAAAGUGGAAGGAAUGGAAUAUAUGAAUCAGCUGCAACUAACUAUAUAAGAUUUGAAUUAUACAUUCUGAUGUAAAUAAACAAUGUUGCACUGUGAAUAAUAAUAUUUACAUGGAUUCCAUUAAUGCUCAGUAAUUUGUCCACCAAGCUUCAAGACAUUUUUUCUGAAAUUUAGUAGCAGAAUAUUUAUUAACAAAA